CCCUUUUUUCGUGGAGGAGCUCGAAAUGGCGACAAGUAUUAAUUCGGAGGAGAUACUCACUGAAAAGGAUGCAGCGAAGGUGGCCAACGAAUUAGUAGAAGCUCAGAAUAAUUCAAGUUUGCUCGGACUUCGUCUUGGGUUGCCGCCUCAUGAAGUUGAAAAGAUAUGUGGAAUGUACUCAGAUCCAAUGAAGCAACUGACACAAGUUAUUAUAAGUUUUACCCGGAGUGCAGAUCCAAAGCCAACAUGGGGGCUUAUCGUUUCAGCGCUUGAAAGUCCAAUGAUUAAACUUACGGCAUUGGCAAAUAGAAUUAAAGCCAAAUAUCUUCCUUCCUGUUCCUCAUUGGACAGUUCAACUUCAUCCACAACAACGGCUGAAAGCAGCAGAAAGCGCAAGUCAGAACAGAGUCCCGAAGAACCAGUUAAGAAGCCACUUUUGAAUGCGAAAGAAUUCAGUUUUGGUCGUGAAGUUCGUUCAACACAUUGUUCAGAAAAAAUAGUGAAGGGAGCAGUAACUGUUCACAAUGGCAAGGUGUAUUUUGCAAGUGGGAAAAGUAUUCAUGUUUUGAAUGCUACCCACAAGAAGCCUCAUUGGCUUCCAAAGAUAGAGUUGAAUCGUACAAAUUUCGGUCUUACUACUAUCAAUGAUAAUAUGUUAUUAGCAGUUGGAGGUAAGGUCGAUGGAGGAGUGGUAUCAUCAGUUAUGUGUUAUGCAGUCAAUAAUUCUUCCACACAAUCGACGUGGGAAGAGAAGUAUCCAAAUAUGGCAGCAGCUCGUUUUGAUCCAGAAGUUGUCCAUUACAAUAAUUAUGUGAUUGUAAUAGCAGGAUGGACCAAAGAUCAUUAUUUCCAGGAAAGUCGUGCUGAGCUAAGCGUUGAGAUUUUAAGCCUGAAGGAAGAGCAAUGGCAUUUGAUAGAGAGUAUGAAGUUACCAAAUUAUCUGAAUCCAAUGUCAUGCAUGUCUGCCUGUGUCUGCAAUGAUACCCUUUACCUCACUGCCAAACACAGAGAUGCUGAUUACUAUCACAAUAGUCCCCCUGAAAAAAAUUAUGAUGAAGAAGAGAUAGCAGAUCCGUACCAAUGUUUUUCGUUUUUUCAAUGUAUCAUUAAUGAUUUCACACAGAUGGAUUCAUUCAUGUGGCAUCCACUGAAUCAUCCCCAUGAUGUAACGUUUAGUGUGAGUGACACCGCAAUAACAUAUGGCAAUGAUUGUAGGUUUAGUCUCUUGUGCAUCGGCGACAACCUGUUUGCAAUUGGGUGUGACCAUAUUGAAGCCAUUGCACCAGAUUCUCUGCAAGAAUCACUAAAAAGAUUCUAUCAAAUGUUUGCAGCUAUUGAUAGCCUUGCCAUAUUUUCUGUGCAAGGAAGUCGAAGAAUAAUGGGGCCUGAACCCCACUGUGCCAUACACCUCUAUGAUCCUGAUAUGGACACAUGGAAGAAAAUCCACAUGAUUGAUGAUUUUGGACUAACCUUGGCUCAACCACUAGUAGCUGUCAUUGACGACCGCCUUGUUAUAGUUAGAUCUACUACUAAUGCAUGUUUACUGCACUUGAUGAAUAAUUAAUGUAUUAUAACUACAGUAUUUUAUGAGACCACG